AAGGCUGCAACAUAGCAGCACAGUAAAUUUCUCUUCCUCCAACAACGCGACACUUUCCUUCCUCUCCUAAACGCUGCAGCACAACAACGGAGACGCAAUCGGGCGGCGAGGAGCGGCAGGCGAACGGCGGCGCGACGAGCGGCAAGUGAACAACAACGCCACAAGGAGACGCAAUCGCACCGUGAUUAAACCAAGAACGAACACAGAAGCGGAUGCAGAAGUGAAACCCUACAUUAGUCAUAGGGACUCUCUUUAAGCAUGAAGAGUGUGAAUUCUAAGGUUCCAAGGCCAGAGACGAGUACCGUUCCUAACCUAAAUAUAGCUAUGGGGUUAUUGACUUGAAUAGCUUUCCAUUCCAUUCCCUUGCUUAUUAUUAGAAGAGUUCCCUUUCGUUAAGGUCAUAAAUAGUAGUCUACAGGUGUACCAUUUUAUUUAGCCUUCACCGUUUCCAAACCCCUAAAGCUAAACAUAUACACACCCAUAGCUGAGGUGAAAAAAGCUAUGGCCUCAAAGUUGGUAUUGCAAAGAAGGCUACUCAGGUUUUUGCAACUGUUACCGCCUUCAUCUUCUUCCACUCAUGCUGUCCCAUUCCUUUCUGUAAAAGCUUCAGAAUGCACAUCCCUCUGCAGGAAAAAUAGCCUUCUUCCUUCUCACACAUCUUAUUCUAGAAACUUGUGCUCUGGCAGUUUUAAUCUUGAUGAAUCUCAAGCCCCCCUAACUGUUGAUUACCGUUCUCUACUGGAUGAGAAUGAAUUCCAUAGAUUGGCUGAUUCCACAAUACAUAGCGUACAAGAGAAGUUAGAGGACUAUGGAGACUUAGUUGAAGUUGAUGGAUUUGACAUAGACUAUGGGAAUGAUGUUUUGACUGUAAAACUCGGCGAUCUUGGCACCUAUGUAUUGAACAAACAAACACCAAAUCGACAACUUUGGCUGUCUUCUCCACUGAGACUUGUUUUCUGCAGUGGUCCAUCAAGGUUUGAUUGGGAUCGGGAUACCAAAGCUUGGAUUUAUAGACGGAACAAAGCAAACCUGUAUAAAAUCUUGGAAGGUGAGUUGGAGCAGUUAUGUGGCAAAGCUAUCGUUCUUUCCUAAGCUGUUGAAAAAGUGCCGCCAAAUCUUGAUUUUUUAUGUACAAGACUUCUAAAUAAUCAGCAGAAAAUAGUAGUGAUUAACAAUUUCUUCUUUGAAGUUAUACUACCUUUUUCAGUUUGCUUCUUGUAAGGAUUAUUGUUGCAUUGGGCAUUGUGGUAAGUUAUCCUACCAUUUUGGCUUCCAAUUUUUGAGGUUUAAGGGAUACUAGGCGUGCAUGAUGUAAAUGCUCUGAGAAGAGAAAAGGUUUCCGACAAAAUUCAAAAGCUUUGAGCACUCGUUCGCCCAAACCAUGUUGUGUUGGGGCAUGAUUCACCAGUAAUUUGUUGAUUAGUUAUGAGAAGAUAGCUGUCAUUUUAAUUAUAAUUAUUCUGUUUGUAAUAUUCUUUUUUUCUAGAAUAAAUUGGGUUGCACAAUGAUA